AUGGCAGAGAAAGAAGGUCACAUCCCAGCUUGGGAUGGCCGUGCACAAACAUGGCGACGAUACACCAAAGAAGUCGUCUGGUAUGUGAGAUCGACUCCAAUUCACAAGAGACAGUACUGUGCCACUCGACUUCUCUCUCGGCUUACAGGGCCGGCACGGCUACUUGCAAUGUCAUGGGUUGAUCUCAAUCUCGAUCAUCCAGAUGGUGUACGUGAACUUCUCCAGCGACUUGCCGCUUCGCCCUUGGUGCGGCAGAGCCUGCCAAAUGCGGCAGCCAUUUGCCAGCAAUACUUUCAGUUCCAUCGGAAGCCCUCAGAAUCCAUCCAGUCAUUCCUUGUGCGAGAAGCUUUGGGCUACACUGAAUUCGUGGAGGCCUUAGUCCGCCUCUAUGAGGACAAACAUGGUGUCCGUCAGGAAGACAAGGACUAUGGUCUGCCCAAGGCCGAUGAGUUGGAAGAGUGGAAUGAAUGGGAAGAAGGAAAUACCGAUUCUCCUCAUAGUUCUCGACGCCGUUCUGUUCGAGCUGCACAUGCUUCAGAAUAUGGCGACGCUCCCUGGCCUGAUGAAGAAGACCCCUUGCAGCCAGAAAGCGGCUCACCUUGGCAUGCUUCCACUGUGCCCUCACGUCAGUCCGUUGGCGUUCAACCGAGCACCAGUGGACCUCCGGAAUUAUCCUGGACCGACAGUUUUGUCCUGGGCGUUCUUCGUGGGUUCCGACUGCUGCAAUCCUCAGGCCUGACGCCGGAGGAUAAGCGAGAUAUCAUCAGCACCACUCGUGGCAGUCUUGAGUUCGAUGUGGUGGCAAGAGCUCUCCAGACUCUAUGGGAUGAACAAUUCCUGGGCCGGCAGAAUAACACCUUCCAGAACCACAUGCUUGAGGAGCACGACGCUCUUGUGGCUGAGAAUGGUGACUGGUCCUGGGCACUACAUGGUGACUCAUGGGAGUCUGGUGGCUGGGAGGAUUGGUCUGAUCCUCAUUCGCAGUACUAUGCUGCGGAUUGGACUGACUAUGAUUGGGAGGACGCUCAUGUACAAGAAGCUCAUGAAGCCUCUGCUGAGGACACUGAGGCCUUGAAGGAGGCUCAACAGGCUGAAAAGGUUGCUGAAUCCUUGGCCGCAGAAGCUCAGAGAACUUGGAGCGAGGCCCAGAGGGCCACAGCUGCCUUGCGUCGAGAUCGAGGGUUUGGACAUGUUGUUGGUGCCCCUGGUAAAGGUGGAAAAGGACCCUGUUUCAUUUGUGGUGGACCUCACUACUCCAAGGUAUGCCCCGACAGACGUCAUCCUUCCUACUCUAAGGGCUAUAAGGGGAAGAAUAGCUUCUACCAGUAUGACUACAACCCUGAAGAGCUCUAUUUUGUUGGGAAGGGUAAGGGCAAACAGAAGGGAAAGCACUCCACCUUCUUCGCCUCCAAGGGGAAGAAGGGAAAGGGGAAGUCAUCUUCCUCGAUGAUGACGCGGCCGCCUGUCAAUGCCUAUGCGGCCGAUGAAGUUUUCAUGGGUGCCCUAGAGAUCGCUGAGGCUCACCGGGCGGAAACCGCCACGCCCCUAGAGGCCAUGGGAGCCCACCAAGGUUUGCUUGAUUGCGGUGCGACAGCUUCGGCUGGCCCCCAAGUUGCUGUCGAGAGCCUCAUGAAGGCCAUUCUGUCGAAAGACCACCAAGCUCAGAUCGAGAUCCAAAAGGAUGAGAGACCAUACUUUCGUUUCGGAAACGGUCGUUGGGGGCAAGGCACUCCCUCCGAUCUCGUGGUGGCGGCCAUCAAGGCAUCGACACCCAAGAAGAAGGAGACAGCUCCACUCGACCACGACCGCUCCUUCAAGAUGGACACAAGGGAUCCACGUGCCAGCAGCACUCAGUGGCCGUGCUUCGCCAAACAUGUUCCGGCCACCAUGAAGUACAAUCCUCACGGAGCAUGGAUCAACUGCGCAGUCUGCCAUGUCCGCCUGGAGUACAUCCCUCGGGUGGGCUCUCCGGGACAACACACCAAGCUCGACAAUCCGGCCAUGGUCAAGCGCAUGCUCAAGGAGCUCUACGACCUGAUGGACGGAGAAUCACCGACAGAGGACAUCUGUCGCGCAAUGCAAGUCAAGAUCGAUGCGGAGGAGGCCUUGCUCAAGCUGGUGGCCGAUGCCAAGAAGUCACCACCAAGGACACCUCCGUCGAAGGGCUACAAGACACCCGUGCAGGACCUGACCCUCUCCAUGAGUCAGCGACCAAGCUCCCCGGCUCCCUCCUGGAACAUGGUUCAUCCGGUGACGGGCACUCAGUCACCGAGUUCCGAGGAUUCGGGACCUCUCACCGGAGCCGACAUGGAGAAGCUGCUGACCGAGGAAGAGAAGAUUCGUCUUGCCGCCCUUCUACGAGAUCGAAAGGCCGACGCAAUGUCAAGUGGGGAUCUCAUGAAUCCCAACCUGUUCGAAGCAGCGUGA